AUGGCAACUUUAACUCCCCGUGACAACCUCAAUGCUCGCGUCAAAGGCAGCAGUCAUAUCGACUUCAAAACAGCCACCACCGGUGUCGCAGCAAAGUCAAUGCGCAAUGAAAUCAGCCAUUUGGUGAGCACCUGCGAUGAUGACAAGGUCAGGAAGGCCUUUGAUAUCGAAAUGCAAUCAUUCUUCUAUCUUUUUACUCGCUAUCUUUCAGAACGCGCAAAAAGCGUGGAUCUUGACUGGGAUCGCAUCAAGUCCCCCGCCGAUGACCAGAUUGUAGCCUAUGACGGUCUAUCUCAGCCUCAUGACCACAGUAACCUUAACAAGCUUGCAGUGCUCAAGGUCAAUGGUGGUCUUGGUACCUCCAUGGGCAUGACUGGCGCCAAGAGUGCGCUGGAAGUCAAGGAUGACAUGACCUUCCUCGACCUUACCGUGCGUCAGAUUGAGCACCUCAAUACCAGCAACCGGGUCGAUGUUCCGCUUAUUCUCAUGACGUCUUUCAACACCCAUGAGGACACCCUGCGUAUCAUUAAGAAGUACGCAAAUCAACAACUGCGCAUCACGACAUUCAAUCAAUCGCGGUACCCCCGGAUCUUUAAGGAGAGCUUACUCCCCUGCCCAAGGCGUGCCGACGACGACAAGACACACUGGUACCCUCCCGGCCAUGGUGACUUGUACAACGCGUUGCUGUACUCUGGUGUAUUGGAUCAAUUGCUCGCUGAGGGCAAGGAGUACCUCUUCGUCUCUAACUCGGAUAACUUGGGCGCAGUUGUCGACGAAAAGAUCCUGCAACACAUGAUCGACUCCCAAGCAGAAUUCUUAAUGGAAGUCACUGACAAAACGAAGGCCGAUAUCAAGGGCGGUACUCUCAUUGACUACGAGGGAUCAGUUCGCCUUCUUGAGAUUGCGCAAGUUCCAUCAGAGCAUGUCGAAGACUUCAAGUCUGUACGCAAGUUCAAGAUCUUCAACACUAACAACUUGUGGAUCAACCUCCCAGCGCUCAAGCGCAUCAUGGAGACCGAGGGCAUGGAACUCGAGAUCAUCAUUAAUCCGAAGACCAAUGAAGAUGGCCAAUCAGUCAUCCAGCUCGAGACCGCCGCCGGUGCAGCCAUCAAGCACUUCAAGAAUGGCCAUGGUAUCAACGUCCCACGAUCGCGCUUCUUGCCGGUCAAAUCAUGCUCUGAUUUGCUUCUGAUCAAGAGUGACAUCUACUCCUUGCAACACGGACAGCUUGUCCUCAACGAGAGUCGAAUGUUCGAGACCACACCUGUGAUCAAACUCGGCGACCACUUCAAAAAGAUCCAGCAGUUCCAGAAACGCUUCAAAAAGAUCCCCAAGAUUAUCGAGCUCGAUCACUUGACAGUUACGGGUGACGUGAAUUUCGGCCGGAAUGUGACGCUUCGCGGGACGGUAAUCAUCGUUGCCAAUGAGGGUCAGCGCAUUGAUAUCCCUGACGGUUGUAUCCUGGAGAACAGGUUGUUGUCUGGAAACUUGAACAUGAUCGUAAGUGACGCACGAGACUUGCUGAGUCGCUGCUGA